GCCGGCCCAGAGAGUUGUCGGCUGGGAAAUGGCGGCCGCGGGGUUGGUGGCUGUGGCAGCGGCUGCGGAAUACUCUGGCCCAGUGGCGUCCGGGGGAAACCUCUCCGGUGCUAACUGUGGGCCGAGCCCUGGGGUAGGCCCUGGUCCUGGCCCUGGCUCGUGGAGCCGCUCGGUCGACCGAGCCCUGGAGGAGGCGGCGGUCACCGGGGUGCUGAGCCUGAGCGGCCGGAAACUGAGGGAGUUUCCCCGGGGAGCGGCCAACCAUGACCUGACGGACACCACCCGGGCCGACUUGUCACGAAAUCGCCUCUCAGAAAUUCCUAUGGAAGCGUGUCACUUUGUUUCUCUGGAAAGUCUUAACCUAUACCAGAAUUGUAUUCGAUAUAUCCCAGAGGCCAUUCUGAAUUUACAAGCUCUGACGUUCUUAAAUAUUAGUCGGAACCAACUGUCAACAUUGCCAGUACACUUGUGUAAUUUACCAUUGAAAGUCUUAAUUGCUAGUAAUAACAAAUUGGUCUCACUUCCUGAAGAAAUUGGACAUCUCAGACAUUUGACGGAACUUGAUGUGAGCUGCAAUGAAAUUCAAACUGUACCUUCCCAAAUUGGUAAUCUGGAAGCCUUGAGAGACUUUAAUGUUAGAAGAAAUCAUCUAGUACGAUUGCCUGAAGAGCUGGCAGAGGUGCCUUUGAUACGUCUAGACUUCUCAUGCAAUAAAAUCACGGCGAUCCCUGUGUGUUACCGGAACCUCAGGCACCUCCAGGUGAUCACCCUGGAGAACAACCCGCUGCAGUCACCUCCUGCACAGAUAUGUAUAAAAGGCAAAAUCCACAUAUUUAAAUACCUAAACAUACAGGCUUGUAAGAUUGCUCCCGAUUUGCCAGAUUAUGAAAGGAGACCCUUGGGAUUUGGUUCGUGCCAUGAAGAACUGUACUCAGGUCGUCCUUAUGGAGCCCUUGACUCAGGCUUCAACAGUGUGGAUAGUGGAGAUAAGAGGUGGUCAGGAAAUGAGCCUACAGAUGAAUUUUCAGAUCUGCCUCUUCGAGUGGCAGAGAUUACUAAAGAGCAAAGACUUCGGAGAGAGAGCCAGUACCAGGAGAAUCGAAGCAGUGUGGUAGUCACAAAUGGCGGAGUGGAGCAUGAUCUAGAUCAGAUUGACUACAUUGACAGCUGUACUACAGAAGAAGAAGAAAACGAUGCCAAACAGCCCAAAGGCUUGGAUAACAGCAGUCUCAGCUCACAGUUCAUGGCAUACAUUGAACAGCGGCGAAUCUCCCACGAGGGUACACCAGUAAAGCCAAUACCUGUUAAAGAGUUUCAAAAAACAGAAGACAUGAAAAGAUACUCACAUCAAAACAGGGUUCCAGUUGAGUCAUCAUCUGUGUUAUCACUGCCACCAAGUCACAACCAGCUUUCGCAUGUAGACUUGGACCUUCAUCAGAGGAGAGAGCAGUUGAUCGAGUGCACUCGGAGAGAGGCACAGCUUGCAGCACUGCAGUACGAGGAGGAGAAAAUAAGAACCAAACAGAUUCAGAGAGAUGCUGUCCUGGACUUUGUCAAACAAAAAGCAUCACAAAGUCCACAGAAACAGCAACCCCCUGGAGAUGGUGAGUGUCCCUUCCCAUCCAGAAGGUCUCAGCACACUGAUGAUAGUGCCUUGUUAGUGUCGCUGUCAGGCAUGGAUCGAGUAAGCUGCGUGGACACCCUGCCUCAUUCUUCUGCCUUCACACCUCUCAAGAGUGAUGACAGAGUUAAUGUCACCUCAAGCUUUCCUGCAGCAGAGACAGUCCAUCAUUCCCCUGCAUAUUCUUUUCCUGCUGCCACCCAGAGAAAUCAGCCCCAGCGCCCUGAAAGCUUCCUUUUCCGAGCUGCUGUUAGGGCAGAAACUAAUAAAGCUCAUGCUUCACCCCUGCUGUCUUCUGCACCUGCAACUGGUCCUGCAGACCCUGUAACAAGACAGAGAGAAGAGGAGCUGAGAUUAAUAGAUCAACUACGCAAACAUAUUGAGUACCGGUUAAAAGUAUCUCUGCCCUGUGAUCUUGGAGCAGCUCUAACUGAUGGUGUUGUACUUUGCCACUUGGCCAAUCAUGUUCGGCCUCGAUCUGUCCCAAGCAUUCAUGUCCCAUCUCCAGCCGUGCCUAAAUUAACAAUGGCAAAAUGCAGGCGAAAUGUGGAGAACUUCCUAGAUGCUUGCAGAAAAAUCGGUGUGCCUCAGGAGCAAUUAUGUUUGCCUCUGCACAUUUUAGAAGAGAAAGGGUUGAGCCAGGUUGCGGUGACUGUCCAGGCCCUCCUGGAACUUGCCCCACCCAAGCAGCAGCAGCCGCAGCCACAGCCGCAGCAGCAGCAACCGCAGCUCUCUGCUGUCUGAGGACUCCCAGGGCCCUGGGUGUUGGCACAGCCAGAACAAGGAGCGGGAGGAUGCUGUUGCUGGCGUCGCCUGCUCAGACAGAGCCCUGUGUGUUGCUACAAGUGCUGUCUUCAUGAUUCCUGCCAGGAAUGUUUGCCUCAUUUCUCCAUUUUAGGGGAGAUUAAACCCACUUCCACUAUUUUUGUUUUUAAUGAAGACAGAUUUUGCUAGAUGGAACUUCCAUUACUGAGGACCCAACAUGAGAGCCUAAGCUGGCUGUGCUUUCUUCUUGGGGAGCAGACUCAGUUUUCAUGCCAGAGCCAGUAUCUUCGAAGCCGGCUGUUUAGCUCUCUCAGAAGACAGUUCCCAGGUGUCUACAGCUCCCCAGUUUCCACAGUUGGGCCUCAUUCUCCUGGAGCAUUUGUGAAAUCCAGAUUUGCAUCAAAGGUUUUGGCUGUGGCCUGGGAACCUGCAUUUUCGGCAGACAUUGCAGUUGUUCUCAGGCAGUAGAGACCACUGUUCCAAGACACAUAGUUAUGUGGUUUGAGGGUACCACCCCUACUGCAUUUAAAUCAAAGGCUGUAUUAUGAUGAUUUGGACAAUUCUGUCAAAGAAAACAAAAAUAAUAGAGAAGCCCUCGAUUUUGCACAGUAUAACGGGUAUUUAAAACCAAUGUCCAGGCCUCUCCCAGCCCUGCCCACUACCACCCCAUCUUUUUCUAGAGGGCGGUUCUGUGCAUCACCCUGCUAUUUCCUGAACACAGACACAUGAUACCACAGUUCUAAGCAGUAAGGUAUACCGUGCACUACUCAACAGUGUUUGCAUUUGCCUUAGUGAGCCCUGCAUGCUGAUCCCAGGGCACCUGAACCAGGCACGGCAGAUACACUAAUAGCUCCCUGCUCAUGGGACCCUGAACACAAUGCCAAAAGAACUGAAGGAAAACCACACUUCUUACAGUCCUGGCAGGCAACAGCCAGUUUCCAUAGCGCCAAGAAAGCACUCAGCAACUUCCUGUUUGUCUCUCAUCUAGCCCCUCCCCCAGAUCCUCUGCCUGUGCCUUACUGCAUAGCUGUGAACAGAGAACAAAGGGGCUUAGGGUUUCAGCACCAAGUAGGCAUCUUUAUUUAAAUUUAAGCACAAAGCUUUGUGUUCUCCUAGAUUUUGCACACUUUUUGGUUGUUGUGUCGUUGGUGUUCGUUGUGGCAGAAGAGUAAUUACGUAAAACGGUUUUGUAGGGUUUUUCCUAUAGUCAUUAACUUUUAUGGUUUUUCUUCGCAAGGCUUGCAUUUGAGUAUUUACCCUGUGUAGUAUCUAAAAGUAAUAACUUUGAUACUGGAUCAUGGUUCUAUCCCCGGCACCACCUAAAAUAAGGUGCAGAGAGGCACAGGAGCCUGUAAUUGCAGACAUUCUGAAAGUGGAAGCUGGGUGGUCAGGGUUUUGCAGGAUGCUAGGCAGAUUCAGCCCACCUGGGCUACAUUAGAUUGUGGCUGAAGAGCUGGCUCAGCAGUUGAAAACACUUGCUGCUCUUGUGGAGGGUCCGGGUUCAAUUCCCAGCACCCACAUAGCAGUUCAUAACUGAUGCCCUCCAGUGAUUUCCUUAAGUACCAGACAUGUACAUGGUACACAUACAUACAUGAAGGUAAAACACUCAUACAUAUAAAAAUAUUUUUACAAAAACAUUCUUUCUCUAAAAGUGACUUUGAACAAAUUCAUUUUGAGUAGUCAAAAUAAUUUCUCCUUGUUUGUGCAGAGAAGUGUUUAUUAGAACAUUGCCACUUUAUCCAAGUUUAAAAACACGUAACAGCAGCCAGGCAUGACAGCACAUGCUUAUAACUCAGGAGGCUAAGGCUGGAGGAACAUGAAUUUCGGGCCAACCUGGGCUACACUGCAAGCCCUUAUCUUAAGAGAAAGUAAGUGUAACCUAGAGCUCCUGGGCUCCUGCUCAGCCCUUCAGCAUCCUCACAGAACAGAACCGACACAGACAACUUCUUUACGGCCAGCUGUGCUUCUGGGCCUAGGUACACUUCCUUCUAGUCUUCGUUAAGCCUCAGCAUAAUUUCUGAUUUCUAGAUUUUACUAUUGUAUAGAAAAUGAAGACAUUACAUACUACAACACUUGGAAUAGCUACAGGAGUUCGUUCCUAAGAGUACACCGACGUUGCAGAGCAUGGUGGCACAUGCCCUUAAUCCCGGCUUAUGCGGGUCAGGGGAGGCAGAUCUCGUCUACACAGUGAGACCCUACCUCAGAAAAAAGAGGACAUUUUAACAUUUCAGUUUUUCAUGUGACACCUUGAUGCUAUCAAGCUAAUUCAAAUUUAGUUAUCAGGAAACAUUUACACAAGUUUGGUUGCAGCUGUUGCAGUUCUUGAGUCAACAUAUGACAACAAAUCAGAUUUCUGUUGCCUCUUGUGGCUUCAUACAUAUGUUUCUAAAUUGGAAAGAACAAUCCAUUUUGUAUUUAACCUUGCUAGAGACCCCAUCGUAGUUCCUUGACCAGAAAUAGCUACCUUACCAUUGCUGAUGGCUGGACAAGCCAAGUGCCCGCCCGGCCCUGCCUGCCUCCUACAGAGGUGUCAUGUCAGCGGUCUGCAGGCUUGCAGAGGUGUCUCUGCCUAGCACUCCACCAAGACCCUCCUGUAAUGAGCAGGUGUGAGGGAUGCGGUGCAGGAGCCAUUGUACAGAUAAAAAUGCUAGAACAAACUAAUAGGGCAGAGCAGUGGGUGGUUUCCAAACCAGCCACUAUGUAAAUACACCCUUGCAGCUAAUCAUGGAGCCUGUAAUCUGGCUUCCUCUAGUCAGCAGUGACUAAUAACGUGCUAUGCUGAUGAGUUUGAAGAACUAAGUACUUAGAUGGUUGUAGAAAUGAAGGAAAACUUGGUUGUUUAAAAGCCUUUUAUAUACACAUUGCAGUGAGGUGGUUACAGCAGAUUUGACUUCUGAAAUGUUACAUGUAAUUAGUAAAAGAUUUUGUAAACAUUGUCCUAUAUUUGUAUGUCUGUAAAUAUAUUGUUUAAGUUCUGAGUAUAAAUAUGUCGAUACUAUGUAUGUUAUUUUAAGUUGCCUAUAUACCAUCUUAUAUGUGAACAUUAAAAUAAAAGCCAAUACUUCAGUAGCAUGUAAUAAACACUUACAAAUGUUCAAGUCUAAAA